AUGGACCCUGGGGGUAACAGCGCUCACACCAAUGGUGAUGAUGGUGUUGACCCCUCUAGUGCAAGCGACGAUGAUUCAAACGCAGUUCUGCAUAGUAGUGUAGCUUGGAAGGUGCGGGAGAUUGAGAAAAUACUGACAAUGCUUCACUGCAUUGAUGAACAGAGGGUCCUAUAUGCUACAUAUAAGUUGAUAGGUGCGGUUGAGAGAUGGUGGACAGCCGUGAAGUUGCUUAAGGAACAGAGACCCGGGCAACUCAUGGUUCAGCAAUAUACAACAAAGUUUAUCAAGCUGUCACGCUUUGCUCCCUAUAUGGUUCCGAAUGACGUUAAGAAGGCGAGAAUGUUUGAGAAGGGUUUGAGGCAUGACAUCCAUAGACAGGUGGCAGUCCUAAAGGUGCAGUAUUUCUUCAAAUUAGUGGACAGGGCCACAGUGGUAGAGGAGAUCUGCCAAAGGGAUGUGGGGACGUCGAGCCAAAGAAAGAGGCCCACGCCUCUAGGAUUCCAGGCAGGGUCCAGCCGAGGCCCUUGGAGGGGAGAUAGAUACGGCAAAGCUCCGAGGUAG